GCACCCGACUAUUGGCCGACGGUUUGAGAGACAGCCGAAUGCGAGAGAGACAUCGGGAGUACAUGAAGCCGACUGUUUAACUUCAGGCUCUGUUUACCACACAAAGUCGGUUCACGUUAGGUAACCAUGACCACAUCGGGGUCCUUGGAUCGAAUGGAGCUCUGUGAAAGCCUCUUGACAUGGAUCCAGACAUUUGGAGUGGAGGCUUCUUGCAAGACAGUAGAAGAACUGACGGGCGGUGUCGUCAUGGCCCAAGUGCUACAGAAAAUAGAUGCAGUAUAUUUCAACGACGCUUGGCUUAGUAGAGUCAAGCCAGAGGUUGGGGACAACUGGAGGUUAAAAAUAAGUAAUCUAAAGAAAGUUCUGAAAGGAAUCCUCGAAUUUAACCAGGAGAUCCUUGGCCAGCACAUUAACGACUUCACGCUCCCAGAUGUGAACCUGAUUGGAGAACACUCUGACUCGGCAGAGCUUGGGAGGAUGCUGCAGCUCAUCCUGGGCUGUGCUGUCAACUGUGAACAGAAACAAGAAUACAUCCAGACCAUAAUGAUGAUGGAGGAGUCGGUGCAGCAUGUUGUCAUGACAGCCAUCCAAGAGCUGAUGAGUAAAGAGACUCCGGUGUUGGGGGGCAGUGACUCAUAUGUGGAUCUAGACAGACAGCUGAAGAAGACAGCAGAGGAUCUGAAUGAUGCGUUGUCUACCAAGGAGGAGAUCUCCCAGAGGUGUCGUGAGCUGGACAUGCAGGUGGCUGCGCUGCAAGAGGAGAAGAGCAGUUUGCUAGCGGAGAACCAGGUCCUGAUGGAGCGACACAACCAGUCUGACUCCAUCGAGGAUAUCAACAGCCCUGCAGGACGCAGACACCUCCAGCUGCAGACACAACUGGAGCAGCUUCAGGAGGAAACGUUCAGGUUGGAGGCAUCAAAAGAUGACUACCGGAUCCGCUGUGAGGAGCUUGACAAAGAACUCCUGGAUGUGAAGUCGCAGAAUGAAGAGCUUUCGUCACUGGCUGACGAAGCCCAGUCGCUCAAGGACGAGAUGGAUGUCCUCAGGCAUUCAUCAGACAAAGUGUCAAAGCUGGAGGGCACAGUGGAACACUACAAGAAGAAACUAGAGGACAUGGGACUGCUCAGGAGACAGAUUAAGCUUAUAGAGGAGAAGAACACGGUGUUAAUGCAGAGCAACGUGGGUUUGGAAGAGGAGCUACGGAAAGCGAAUGCUACCAAGGGCCAGCUGGAGACGUACAAGAGACAGGUGGUUGAACUUCAGAACAGACUGUCAGAAGAGUCUAAAAAGGCCGACAAGAUGGAGUUUGAGUACAAACGCGUCAAAGAGAAGACGGACUCUCUCCAAAAAGAAAAAGAUCGAAUGCGUACGGAAAGAGACUCUCUCAAGGAAACCAUUGAAGAGCUACACUGCGUUCAAGCCCAAGAGGGACAGCUUACAGCAGGCUUGUUCCCAUUGGCCAGUAACGACGGUGAUUCACUGGCGGCGGAAAUCACUACCCCAGAGAUUCGAGAACAUCUGAUUCGUCUGCAGCAUGAGAACAAGAUGUUGAAGCUGGCUCAGGAGGGAUCGGACAACGAGAAGAUCGCCCUGCUGCAGAGUCUGCUGGAGGAUGCUAGCAGAAGGAAAAAUGAACUGGAGACGGAAAACAGGUUAAUCAAUCAGCGUCUGAUGGAGGAGCAGAGUCAGGUGGAGGAGCUGCAGAAGAAUCUUCAAGAAGAGGGCUCCAAAGCAGACAACUCUUCUAUCCUGAAGAAGAAAUAUGAGGAGCACAUGGAGAAACUACGGGAGUUGAACAACGAGUUACUGAAGAAGAAUACAUUCAUCGACGAAAUGGAGCCUAAAUACAACAGCAGCUCCCAACGAGUGGAGGAGCUGGAGGAGGCCCUGAAGAAGAAAGAUGAUGACAUGAAACAGAUGGAGGAGAGAUAUAAGAAAUACCUAGAAAAGGCCAAGAGUGUGAUCCGGACCCUGGACCCCAAGCAGAACCAGGGAUCAGGUCCAGAGGUGCAGGCCCUGAAGAACCAGCUGCAGGAGAAAGACAGGAUGUUGCACUCUUUGGAGAAAGAGAUGGACAAGACAAAAAGCCAGAGAGAUUACGAGGAGAAACUGAUUGUGUCAGCCUGGUACAAUAUGGGCAUGUCUCUGCAGAAGAAAGCGGCUGAAGACCGACUUGCCAACACGGGCUCGGGUCAGUCCUUCCUGGCCCGGCAGAGACAGGCCACCAGCACUCGCCGCUCAUACCCCGGCCACGUCCAGCCCGCUACCGCCAGGUAGAUGGCAGCAGGGGGGCAGACAGAUACUGAGACAAACUACCUUACAAACCCCCCGAACUCACAUACAGUAGAUUGGCCUUUUCUGAGGCACACUAUUUCCAUUCAUUUCUAAUGGACGUUCUUAUUUUCCUGCAUUCUCCCUAUUGAUUUUCUUCUUUUCCUUCUUGAUCAGAUCCAUGAGGUAGAGAUGCCAGACAAAGCUGCCCAAAAAAAAUCUCCCACCACUUUUUUUCCCCCUUAACUUAACAGUUUUUAUUGUGGCUCCUGUGAUGCCACGCUCCUUCCCUUUUUAACAAAUCAGCAUUUUGAUAGGGUGUUACUAACCACUGACCUUCCUCUCCCUGUGCUCUGUGGCGAACCUUUGUCCUGGCUAUUGCAUCCUUUGGAAGUUAUUGUCAUUUUUUGUUUUCACGGAAGCGCUCUGCCUGUUCAUUCAGUAUUUAUGCACAUCUCUACCUGCCAUAUCACUUAAGGUUCAUCGUGUUUCUCAGCCUGGAGUUGACAGAUGUUCUGUUUCUGAUGUAGCUUUCAAUCAGGCGACAGCUAUUCUCAUUACUCAUAUGUCAUUGUUUAAACUGUGUUUUUCAAAUGGAGACGAGUUGCUCUUCUGCGGCGUCAUUAUGUCUAUAUUGUUUCGAAACAAAUACAUUAAGGAAUAGGAAGAUGAAUUGUCAUCACAGAAAAUGUUUCAUUUGCUAGAUGAAUUGUCUAAAUGAUCUCUAAUGGGAUUUGAAAGUUACUCCUUCAGUUGUUGAAGUUUUUCCAGGAGUCGCAACAGCUAGAUAGCUUUUGGCAAAGUACAAGCUAACUGUGUUUUCAUUAUCUUCUAUUAAGGAGCCACCAUUGUUCUAGGAAAGGCACACAUACCAGCAUUUACCUGAUGUGCCAUGGUGUUAAAUUGAAAUAUAUAUAUAUCGCAGUAUUUGGUUCAUGUUAUCUUUGGAACACUGCAGGCGCGCCUCCUCACACUACACACAGAGAGAAAUGAGAUGAAGGAAAAUCUAGUCUUGACUUCUGGAGGCUUGCACUGUUUUGUUGAAAAGGAGAUGGUCCUGUAUGCCGAUAAUAUAACAAAGAGAGGAUGCUGAUUCAGUGUAGCUCAUUGAAGCAGACUGACUUCCCCCAUCAUUAAAGAUAAAUGAUUUGCUCUCAUAUUAAUAAGGCUGUUGGUGUUAUAAGAGCACUGCACAGUAUGUCAAUUUAAAUAGGAAUCUUGAAUUGGUAUGCUUGUUUCUGUUACUGUCCUUUCUUUAACUUAUUUAUUUCCCCCCUGCAUUGUCCUUGUUUGCUCUAACAUUUUACCAUGAGUUCUUUUGAAGGGAUUAACCCUGUUUGUUUGCUGUGUAUGUCUUUGUAUCAAGGCCAGAUUCUAAUCUAGCACUCCCCGCCGUCUGACCGUUAUCUCUCUUUCUCUUUCCUCCCUCAACAGCAAUGUCACUGCAUGACUGCCACACCAAUGAGCUGGCCCAGCCUUGUGUGUGUGUGUCCUGGCCCGGCCCGGCUCUGGCCUACGUUGGCCCCGGGCCGGGCUAGGCAGAGGCACACGAUGCAUGAAUCCUCGCCUUGCAUGACUUUUGCAUAGACUCCUGCCUGCGAAUAACCAGCACACCCGCAGCGGAGCAUGAGCACUAACAACCCUCUGCUGUGUCAUGCGUUGUAACCUCCACACAAGCCCAGAGGAGGCAAGAAAUUCAACUCCUUUCCUCAUUUCCCGCUCCUUCUCCUCAUGCCCUUUACUCUUUAUGGACAUGCUUGCGUCUGCUCCCUUGUUACAAUUCUAUUUCUGUUACAAAUACCAACAACAGGGGCAGAAUAUCGCAGUAUAGUCCGUUUACCAGGCAGUUGGUUAGGUUUGCUGGCUGCUUCAGGAUACCUCAAUGACAUACUUUCACAUAUCUGUUUUUCAUGGUUGAAGAAGAGUCUCCAUCUGCAUGUGAGAGAUAUCGGAGAGGUGUAGCCAGCAAAUGUAUCACAAAAAAAAGCUCCCCUUUAACCUUCUAAGUGUGUAUCUCCUGCAAUGCCCAGCCUCUCGUUGCUGGAUGGCAUUUUAGAGUGGUUUUACCUCAAGUAUAAGGAGUAGCGUAUAGGGCAUUACUGUGCUGCCCUGUAAGCUGUUGGACUCUGCAGUAGGAACAUAGGAUGGCAAAAUAAGUAUUUUUAUCAAGAUGAAUAACAUUGUUACAGAUAUGCGUUUAUACAAGAUAAAAGCCCCCGUUAAGCCUACUUAUAAUUUAUUUUUAGAUUUCAUUCAACAUCUCUCGAUACUGGCUAUAUGUUGUCUAUGUUAUUUGACCAAGUAGCAAAUAACCUGCACUCUAAUUGAGCCAAAAUUAAGAGGCUCUGCUGGCGGUGCAUUUUGUCACACUUGUAAUACAUUACCUACAAUCAUUUAACAGUGUGUUACUGUUGCAACUUAAGGAAAAUUGGCAUCAAAUUAACGUAUCAGUAUUCCAGAUUGUAUAAAAGUAUGUUGACAAAUAUGUUGAGAGAUUGGACCUGAGGAAAUAUGCAUAUUACAGGCAUAAGUGCAUUUUUCAAAUGAGAGAGAUGGUUGGGCCCUCAUAUUUUAGUGUCUUUGUUUAAAAUGUGACGUAUUGAAAAAAAAUAAGACUGGCUGGUCGUUUUAGGACUAAAAGCAUUAAGGCUAUUUUAUUGUUGAAAAGAGGGAAGAAAUCAAUUCUCGUCUACUUGAUAUAUUUCUUUACAAACACUCAAAUUAACCAGGCUGAUUGGGGCUUUUCUUCUCUGUAUUUUAACCCAUUUUACUCAUGCAUGUUAUAUUGUGUAACCUUGAUUUGAUUCAUGCCGUGCAUUUUUAUCUUAAUGGCUUAUUUAUUAUUUUGCCGCUUGUACAGCAGUGUUGUUAAAUUUUUUUAUAUCAGCAGUAGUAUUUUAUCAUCACUUAAACUGUUACAAUGGAUGUGAAGUUACCAUACAACUUCGAGAUACUGUUAAAUACUUGUCUUAUGCAACGAAAGGAGGAUGUGGUUUGAAAAAGUAUUUUUCUCCUGCAAAUUAAAUAAAGGUUGUUACAUUAUCUGCGAUCAGUGUAAAAUGAGAACAUGGUACAAAGUUCCAUUCACCUCUAGUCUUUUCAGGAAGUCUCGUCAUGUUUGAAACAUGUUUUCUUGUUAACAAAAAAGCACAUUUUUAAACUUUUAAUUCACAUACGACCCUACAAAUGAUUUUAUUUUCCAGUGUUUGAGCCACAGCAACAACGAUGGGGUUGAUGUUUGAGAAAAAAGACAGAUUAGCUGUUGGGAAUGCAUUCAAAUGAAGCUAGCUUAGCUGUUCGGUUAACCAACCUUACAACAACAAUUUAGCUUCUACAUUUGGUCAUCCCUUAAAUGAGUUUCCAAAGUAGAGUGGAAAAACAUUUGCAGUUUGAAUCCAGUUAGGUAAAGAUGUGAUGUUUUUAUUUGUCCAGUUCUCUACUGUUUUCUGUCCAAAUCUGUGUUUUGUAAACCAUUUGCCAUUAAAAUCCAGUUGUAAGUUAUAGACACAACUCUUUUAACCGUCCAUCCGAGUUAUUGGUUUGGUAAGAAAUCUGUAUAUAAUGGAACACAUCCACAUUGUGGUUGACCUGUUUAAAGUUAUAUCAGGGAUUUUGGGAGCUUUUUGUUAUUUAAUAUCCCCCUAAGAGAAUGCAUUUAAUGUUGUCCUCUUUAAUCCCUCAUCGAGCCAACCAAUGUAUGUUGUUGCUUACGUGUGUCGGUGUAUAUACCUAAUAUUUCUUGCAAAUAUUUAGAUACUGGGUGACAGAUUAUCACAAACUGGAGGAACUAGCUUCAGAAGACAGCCAGUUAGCACCACUUUCAGACAUUUUAAUUAACUCAGAUUUCUUCUCAAUAAGGAAGGAAAGGUUAUGUACUGUUUUAGCUAUAACUCCAAAUCUUUCCUUGAUAUUCAUUUUUCAGAACAAAAUGCUGAGCGAAGAUUGCAGUAUUCUUUAUAAAACCUGGUCAUAUCGUGGAGUAUUACUUACAUGCCCAAGCUAAAAUGAGUACCCGUUGUUCCCUAGUGUUACUUGACUUGUAUUAGAGAUGGAACAAACAUGAGGUCAGAAUUUUAUCACUACGCGUGCAGUGUUUGCUGUAUUUUUUUACUCAUUGGAAAUCUUUUCUUUACAUAUUGAAGUAGCAAAUAACCUUCCAUUUGCCAAGUUUUCUAUUGCUUGUAUACAAACUACACUAUGUACAUACUAAAUGUGGCGAUAGUAGAGGAGGUGUCUUGAUGUGAUUGAGAAAAUGAAACUUAAGUUACGUAAGAUGGAUUUCAUAAAGCAUCUGUCUGAUGAGGGCCUAUGGAUGAUAAUGUGCUUCCUACACUGCAAAACUUGGAAAUGUCAUUGUAAAUAAAGCUUGUAUAAAACAG